AGGCCUUACCUACUCGAUUUUCCAGGCUUCUGUUUUUUGUUUUUUUUUUUUUAAUCUCUUUUGCUGAGUGACCGGUAGACCUACGUGAUCCUUUACUUUCUACGUCUUUUUUGGGGGGCGAAUAAUGCCCCGACCGAGCCGGGGAACUUCCGCUUUGCGUGCAGCUGAGAACUGAGAACUGCGAACAGUGCGCGUAUAUUUUAUGCGCGUCAUUUGAAUAUUCAAUCCAAUUCCUCGGCUUUCAUUGACUUCCGCGGACAAAAGAAAAUCCCUGCUCGGUCGUGCUCUUGACCCUCCCCCAGAGCAGCGCCCGCUCCCGUCUCUGAUCGACCGAUGAUAUCGAAGAGGAGACGAGGAGAAUCAUCCCGAGACCACCCGUCGGGCUCUCUUCCUUGAAGUCGCCGCGUCGAUCUCUCUCGAGCUUUCGGAGAUGGAGAAGCCGGCGAAUCUUGCUUCCAAUCACAGAUUCUCCCGGCCCGACUCGUCCCUGCCCAUCGCCAACGGGAAUCUGGCGGCGCCCAAGAAGAAAUGGACCAACUUGAUGCCCCUCUUCGUGAUUCUCGUGGUGCUCGCGGAGAUCGCGUUCCUGGGUCGGCUCGACAUGGCCAAGAACGCCGCCCUGGUCGAUUCUUGGGCCGACGUGUUCCAUCGCUCGCAUCCCGGAGGCGAGCUGCCCAUGAACAGCGACGAUUUCUCCGUCGCAAAGGAGGGCGAAGACCGGAAUUUGGGGUCGGAGGAGGAGAGCUGCGAGGAGUGGUUGGAGAAAGAGGAUGCUGUGGUCUAUUCUAGGGAUUUUCACAAGGACCCUAUUUUGGUUUCUGGUCAGAACGAGGAUUGGAAGACAUGCGCUGUUGGAUGUAAGUUUGGGUACGGUUCAGAUAAGAAACCUGAUGCGCAGAUUGGAUCACAUGGGCAAGCCGGAACAGCUACUAUACUUAGAUCGAUGGAGUCUUCACAGUAUUAUGCAGAAAAUAAUAUUGCUCAGGCACGACGGAGGGGUAUUGAUAUUGUGAUGACAACUAGCCUAUCCUCUGAUGUUCCAGUUGGGUAUUUUUCAUGGGCUGAGUAUGAUAUUAUGGCUCCUGUGCAGCCAAAGACUGAGAAUGCCAUUGCAGCUGCCUUUAUUUCUAAUUGCGGGGCUCGAAAUUUUAGGUUGCAAGCUCUUGAGAUUCUUGAAAAGGCUAAAAUAAAAAUAGAUUCAUAUGGUGGCUGCCAUAGGAACCGAGACGGGAGAGUGGACAAAGUGGAAGCUCUGAGGCGCUACAAGUUUAGUUUUGCUUUUGAAAAUUCUAAUGAAGAAGAUUACGUCACUGAGAAAUUCUUCCAAUCGCUUGUUGCCGGUUCUGUUCCUGUGGUUAUUGGUGCACCAAACAUUCAGGAUUUUGCACCAGCUCCCGGUUCAUAUUUACAUAUCAAGGAGUUAAAAGAUGCUCCAGAAGUUGCCAAGACAAUGAAGUACCUCUCAGAGAAUCCUGUUGCAUACAACAAAUCAUUAAGGUGGAAGUAUGAGGGUCCAUCCGAUUCUUUCAAGGCCCUCGUGGAUAUGGCAGCAGUUCACUCAUCAUGCCGUCUUUGCAUACAUCUUGCUACCACGAUUAGAGAGAAAGAAGAGAAAAGUGCAGGUUUCAAGAAUCGUCCAUGCAAGUGUACUCGAGGCUCAAAAACCGUAUACCAUUUGUUCGUGAGAGAAAGAGGGAGGUUCGAGAUGGUAUCCAUUUACUUGAGAUGCUCAUACAGAAAACUCACGCUGGAGGCCCUGGAGUCUGCAAUUUGGACAAAGUUCACUUCUAUGAACCAUGUGCCAAUUUGGAAGGAAGAAAGACCUGAAAGCAUAAGAGGAGGGAAUGAACUUAAAAUUUACAGAGUAUACCCUGUUGGCAUGACGCAGAGGCAGGCUCUGUAUACGUUCAAAUUCGAAAACGACGCAGCCCUAAGGAGUCACGUGCAAAGCAACCCAUGUGCGAAGUUUGAAGUGAUUUUUGUCUAAGUAGUUUCUUAUCCUGGCUACAGUUUAGCAGAGUGGGCCAUUUGUGCACUUCCUGCUGUGGGAAUUUGCGAGGAGGUGAAUAUGAAAUUAAUCAGAUCGAUGCCUCCCGGUGCACCAUCCUCUUUUGCAUAUCGUGCUUAUGCAAGUGAUGGAUGGAGCGAUAAAUUUAGCAGAGAACUGACGGAGUAUUUAUCGGGCCAGCUGCGGCAAGCUCAGAUAUUUGAUCAUUGUGUUUGCCUAUGACAGAAGCUGGAUCUAGGUUAUUUCGGUGAAGGGCGUUAGAUUAAUUCUCGGGUCAUAACCUUUGAUGUAUUUCUUUGACUCUUUGAGGUGUGGCAAUACAGAGAUUCACGGUUCAAAUUUUGAUCUUCCUAUAUUUUUUCUGUCCUAAGUAGCUAUGAACUGGAACAGUGAUGGACCUGCUCCACCAGAGUCUACAUAUUGGGGCCUUUCGAUA